UCCAAUAAAUGUCGUUUGAGGGCGGGACCUCAAGAAGGAAAAGCCAAUGAUUGAGCGGUUGCGAGGGAGAAGCCGGCAGACUCUGGUCAGAGGACAGAACCAAGAUGGCGGCUCCCAAGGCGCUUCUUCGAGCUGGACACCCCACGUGGUGGGGGGGAGGGACCCUCAGGACCCUGAGCAGCCAGAGUAACUUUGGCCAAGGCCUGAACCCCAGCUAUGACCUGGAUCCGAAUCCUGGCCGUAACCCGCAGCAGGGGCUGAUGGGCAGCAUGGCUUCUCGAUUCUAUGACUUGGAGCAAUUUCGGGAGUGGAUUUCCCGUUUCUGGAGCUGGAACCUAUAUAGGAAAAACAAAGUCUUCAGCUACACAUUGAAACAUUAUGGCCCCAGUGUGGCAGCUGCUCACUUUGUCCUGACCCAUGGGGGAGCUGUCAGGUUCCAGGACCAGGAGUGGCUCUUCCCCCAAGAUAAGAACCAGUUCCUUUGGAAUAAUCAUCACUUCCAGAAGCUGCCCCUGGAGGAGGUGGACGCCAGUGGCUGUGUCAUCAACUACUACGGGCUGGAGAACUUGGUGUUCCUGCCCAGCCUGCGGUCUCUGAGGCUGUGUGGCUGCCCCUACGUGGAUGACUGGUGCCUGGGCCGCCUGCAUUCUCUGGGCAGCAGCCUGCAGGAGCUCUCUCUGGCUGGCUGUCCCAAGGUCACUGAGCGAGGCCUUGCCUGCCUCCACCAUCUCCGGAGCCUCCGGCGUCUGGAUAUCUCCAACCUUCCAGCCGUGUCCGACAAAGGCCUGACCCAGAUUCUGGUAGAGGAGAUGCUGCCCAAUUGUGAGGUGGUUGGGAUAGACUACGCCGACAGGCUGAAGCUCCUCUCUGAGGACCAGAGAAGGGUGGAAGAGAAGGCGGCAGCGGCCGUCCCUGGUGCCCCUGGAGGUCUGAUGCCUACUUAGGUGCUCCGGGAGCCCCUCUCCCUCACCUCCCCAGGCACCCCAGCCCCAGGGUUCUGAGGAUCCCCCAUCUCCCUUCUACCUCCAGGGCAGAGAACACUGUAGAACAGAGGGGCAUCAUCGGGCAUGUUGCCCAGAAGUCCCUUUCCUUGUCUCCCCCACCAUGGGCUUAUAUAUGCACCAGAAGUAAGGAGUCACCCCAAGGAUGCUGGGGGGAAAGGGGAUGGGGACGUUUGGCCUGUUUCCCCAACCUCUUUCUCUUAGCUUCUCUGCACCCCUGAAUAAAUGGAGGGUAGAGAGGCCCCUAACAGCCCCCCUCAUGCAGUUGUCCCCAGAAUCCCCCCAUUUCCUCUUUGUCCUGGGAUGGGGAGGGGCCUGGUAAUUGGAGUGAUGGACAGGACAGGAGAAACAAGGGAUGAACCAAGGGGAUAAUCAAGGGGGGGGGCUGGGAAGCCCUGGCAGCACCCCCUUGGGUGGUUGCCUCGGAAACCAGGGUGAUGGACACCCCAGGAGAUGCUGAUGGCCCAUCCCUUCUCCCUCCCAGCCUCCCCUAGGAUGUGGUGUCUGAGUGCAGACCGGAGUCCAUUAACUCCUGGCUGCACUGCUCCCUCCUCAUGGGCUUCAUUAGUCUGAGGGAGGGAGGGGGGCCGGGGCUCAGUCACUCCCCGAGGUCCCUCCCUUCCUUCACACAGAUAAUAAACAUUGCUGGAAGCCA